AUGAAGAUUAGAGAUAUUUUAAGAUCUCUAAUCUUCAUACUAAUAGACAACUACGUUAUUUUUGGAUUUACAAAUUUGAAAACGAUAAUGAGUCCUGAAAAAAAAGCAUGGAUUAAACCAUCUUUUGAAGAGAUUCCAUCAACAAUAAAGUUAUUGAAGCAAUCUAGUAAAAAAAGGCCUCUUUCUCAAAGUGAAAAUAAAAAUUCUGAUUGGUGUACUAUUUACACUCCUCAGUCUGUUUCUAAAUUAGCUAUACAUAAUGGUAAAGUAAAAGAAGUAAAAUAUUGGUUUGAAAAUGUAAAUAGCAAUUUGUUGAUUAAAAGUAAAAUCUUACUUGUUACUGGACCAACGGGAUGUGCUAAAGCAACUGCAGUGAAAGUGAUUGCCAAACAGUGUGGUUUCAUUUGUUUAGAAUGGAUAACCCCUAUGACUACUGAACCAAUUUAUGAUCAAUGCACUAACAGUUAUUGUUACCAAAAUAUACAAGACAAGUUCCAAGAUUUUAUUUGGGGUGCAACAAGAUACCGUAGUUUAAAAUGUGGUGUUUCUAAUAGUCAAUUUUUGUUGAUUAAAGAUAUUCCUAAUAUUUUUCUAGAUAAACCAGAUGAGUUUCAUGAUAUUAUGAUGCGUUUUAAUGCACUCUCACAAUUUCCAAUUGUGUUUAUAAUUAACAAUGAGAAAAUUAUACGUGAUCUAUUUUCUACAGAAAUCUCAGAAAAAUUGAAAGUGCAACAAAUUAAAUUCAACCCAAUCACUAGAAAAUCUGUCCUGUCUGUAUUGGAACAAAUUGUCAAAUCUGAACAACAGAAGAAUAAAUUAUUAAGGAUACCUAAUUCUACAGAAAUGAAUGCUAUAUAUGAUGAGACUAACGGGGAUCUGAGAGCAUCAAUAUUAAAUUUAAGUUUUACUUGUAUGAACGUCCAAAACAAAAUCAGUAAAAAGUGUUCUAUUGCUUCAAUGGAUCAGAGCCUAGAUUUAUUUCAUUCUGUCGGUCGUGUUAUAUAUCCAAAGAGAGAGGUGAUUAACUCGCCACUCAAAUUUAAAUUUACUCAUAACCCUGAUAACCUGGUUGAAAAUUUUGCAAUGCAACCAAGUACAGUUUUGGGGUUUCUUCAAGAAAACUAUUUAACUCGCUUCUCGAGUUUAACUGAUAUUUGCAAAGGAGCUGAUGCAAUCAGUACCGCUGAUGUAAUGCUAAGUUCAGAUUUUAUGUUUGGUGUUUCUAUAUAUGAUAUUAGUUUGUCAUCAUUAUCAGUAGCUGUCAGAGGAUUAAUGUUGGCAAAUGAAAAACCCAUCAAAACAUUUAGACCUAUUGUUAAGCCUAAACAUUUCCAAUAUACUAAUGAUAUACAAAUGUAUAAGGAUAUUAAAGGAUGGUUUGAUGAUGUACAUGAAUCUCCAAAAAAUAUAUUGUUAGACAUUGUUCCAUUUGUAAAUGAAUUGGGAACUGAUAGACAAAAGAAUGUAGCUAAAGAAUUGUGGAGUUUUAAAAGAAAAUAAUGACUUAGUGAGACUAGAAAUAAUUUAUAUCCCUAUAAAUGUAUUGUU